AUGACAUCCGGAGAACCAAAGACAAGCCUCAAGAAUGCCUACUCCUCUGCCAAGGGGCUGCUGCCCAAGGCGGAGGAGGGGGAGGAGGAGGGCUACUGUACCCCCGGAGCCUUCGAGCUGGAGCGUCUCUUCUGGAAGGGCAGCCCCCAGUACACCCACGUCAACGAGGUCUGGCCCCAGCUCUACAUCGGGGAUGAGGCCACGGCGCUGGACCGCUACGGGCUGCAGAAGGCGGGCUUCACGCACGUGCUGAACGCCGCCCACGGCCGCCGGAACGUGGACACGGGGCCCGACUACUACCGCGGCAUGGCCAUCGCGUACCACGGGGUCGAGGCCGACGACGUGCCCGCCUUCGACCUCAGCGUCUUCUUCUACUCGGCGGCCGCCUUCAUCGACGAAGCAUUGAGCCUACCAGGUGGUAAGAUCCUGGUUCACUGCGCCAUGGGCCGCAGCCGCUCGGCGACCCUGGUCCUGGCCUACCUGAUGAUCCACAGGAACAUGACCCUGGUGGACGCCAUUCAACAAGUGGCCAAGAACCGCUGUGUCCUACCCAACCGGGGCUUUCUCAAGCAGCUCCGGGAGCUGGACAAGGAGCUGGUGCAGCAGAGGCGACAGGCCCAGAACCUCCACGACAGUGAAAAGGCCAGUGAGGAGCUGUAG